AUGGCUGACGCCCCUCUUGGAAUUGCAGAGACCAUUCAGUCCGCUUCCUUGAAGAGAAACCCCUCCCCCUUCCACGACAUCAAUCCGUCAACAGCCACCUCCGAGAAGCUCCCCGUCGUCGACCAUGCUCCCUCCGACACCGAGAGCAUCUCUUCCGAUGUAGUAGACCCCCGUCACAUGGUCCGCUCGGUUCCCCGUCGGCAGACCCUCCCACCGCUGCCCGACCUGCGCUUCGAGCAAAGCUAUCUGGCCAGUAUCCGCGGCGCCGACACCUGGGGACGAGUCGCAUGGAUCACCAUCCGCGAUCAGGUUCUCCUCCCCCUCAUGCAAGGCACCCUCUGGACCCUGGCGCUGUCCGGCUGGCGCUUCUGGAACCGCAACGCCUCGCUCAGCGGACAGACCCUCGGAAGCAGAAUCCGCAGGUGGUGGUACGAGGUCAACAACUGGAAAUUGCCUCCCCUGCCGUCCAUGAAUGAUCGGCAGUUGGCCGCGCAGGCCGAAGACUUCUAUACGGCGCAAUUUGCCACCGCUGGGGCUGACUAG